AUGGCCGUCGGAAAUGGCCCUCUUCGGAACGACCGUCAAAAUGCACUCAAGCCGGCCGUCUCACAGGAAAGAAAGAGGGGGAGAAUGGAUACGCAGUGGAAUGGCCCUCUUUUCGGUAGGCGCGGAAGCUUUCAGCGAAAAGCGGGCGGGGAAGAACAGACGACGCAAAUGGAAGACAAGGACGACAAGGACGACAAGGACGACAAGGACGACAAGGACGACAAGGAAGCCGAGGAAGAAUAA